CCUUGCAAAAGAGGUCUGUGUCGGCCUAUAACGUAAAUGAUCACCGGUGCCUCUCUUGAUGGAUGAUAAAAUAGAGUUUUCAAGAAAUAAAUUGAAAGCGCUGAAAUUCAAAUUAUAAUCGCACUCAAGGGAGCCAAAUAACGCACCAGCCUGUCGGGGUUUAUCGUUGUACGUGACCCGAAGAUGUCCAUGAAUGCUGAUGAAGAUCACGGGCAUUCGUUUGAAAAGAAGACCUUUCACAAACCUACUUAUUGUCAUCACUGUUCUGACAUGUUAUGGGGAAUUACGAACCAAGGAAAUAUGUGCAAAGUUUGUGGAUUCGUGACCCACGAUCGUUGCAUGGCCAAUGUUGUCAUACCCUGCACUGCACUGUCGCUCGCACAAGUUCAGAGGCCACAAGCGCACACUUUCAUAUCUAUUUCAACGAAGUCAAAGAUAUGCAAUGUUUGCAGGCAGCGCAGCGAAGACUCCGAUUUUCUCUCUUGCAGAUGUUGCGAGUAUUAUGUUCAUUCAAGCUGCUCAAAGGACACUGUUCAUAAUUGUAAAAGAUCUUCCGUUUACCAUGAAGAUCUUGUUGAUGCCAAGUAUAUUCAGCGCCACCAUUGGAUGGAGGGGCACCUUCCUGCAUCAUCGAAGUGCCACCACUGCAAGAAAAUCUGCAGCAGCUCAGAGUGCCUUACCGGUCUAAGAUGCUCUUGGUGCGGCAUAACGGCUCAUCCCGGUUGUCAGCACAACAUCAACCAAUCCUGCAACUUUGGAAAUUUCUCAAGAUUGGUUUUACCUCCAUUUUAUGUGUCAGCUGAGAAUAUUCCCUUGUGGAUAACAAGAUUUUCUGCUGAUACGGCAAGAAAAAUGUCAGGCUCUUCAGAUUCAAGUCACACAAGCUCUGGGUCAUCGGAAGACAGACACGAUGUUUGUAAUUCUGGUGACGUUGAAGAUUCAUCUGGUGUUCUGAGAAUAUACGAUGGUGACAUCACAAAUCCGCAUGGUUGGCGCAAUGUAAGGGUUUCAAAAGAUGCUACUGCACCAGAUGUGCUGAGAGAUGCCUUGUUACAGUUUCGCAUCACGGAAGAGCAGAACAAAUAUUACCUGGCUAGAGCAAUCAGCGUCAAUUCGGAGCGACGCCUGGAAAACUACGAAAAACCCAUGCAUUUUGUGAAAAACAAAAAGCCGCAGUUGUUUCUAAGACACAGUUCUUUAGACAUAAAACAUGGCACACUGACCAUCUACAGAGGAGAUAUACCAGCAAAGCAACCAUCGGUGAUCGUUGAAGUUAACUUGCGAACUCCAGCUUGGCGAAUCGUUGAGCGUGCGCUCAGCUUGUUUGAAAUCGAAAAUGCCAAAAUGGAGCGGUACUGUCUAGUUGAACUUCAAAUGCAGCCCAAUGGAGUUGAUGAAAGAUAUGUCGAAGAUGAAGAUUGCGUAUGGGAAGAUUACAUAGGAAGAAGAAAGUUAUCAAUCGCCCGGACACAUUCUAUACGGUAUUAUCUUCAACCGGUUGCAAGCAGAGCAAGGAAGACAUCAUUGUUUAUUGGCAACCUGCCCUACAAUUUAACUAAUGCACAGUAUGAAGCAUCUGUAACUGAAAUUAUGGGGGAAUUUGUUCCUGAUUGCAUCAUCGAAUAUUCCUUUCCCCUGUAUGGUGCAAUUGUCAUCGAGUUCCCAUCAAUAGACUCGUUGAUAUCCGGAUAUUUCAGACUGAAGGAUGCUUCGAUAAACGAAAGGAGAAUUUAUGUGAAAAUAAUUCCAAUCAUAGAGGAGAAACUGCUCCCAAACUCGAGUUGGCCCUUACUUGUUUUCGUCAAUGGCAAAAGUGGUGGUGGACAAGGGGCCAAGCUUAUCAAUUUCUUCCAGAGGACACUCAACCCUUAUCAGAUUUUUGAUUUGAUGGAAGGAGGUCCUCUUCCCGGCUUGUACACGUUCCGAAAAGUGCAAAAUUUCCGAAUUCUUAUUUGUGGUGGCGAUGGAACAUUCGGCUGGGUGCUUUCAUCUAUUGACGAAGCGAAUAAAUAUAUGCUGUUGACAUGCAAGGAGCCUCCUUGUGCACUGCUUCCGCUGGGAACAGGCAAUGAUUUAGCUAGAGUUUUGAACUGGGGUUCUGGAUACACAAGCAGUGACGAUUUGACGUCAUUGUUACUAUCUGUCGACGAUGCAGUUGAAACCAACCUUGACAGAUGGAGUGUUGUAUUUGAUGUACCUGCCUCACCAGACUCUAGCUCCUCUGAAGACGAACAAGCAAACGUCAUAAUCAUGAAUAACUAUUUCGGAAUUGGUGUCGAUGCGAUGCUCUCUCUUGACUUUCAUCUCGCUAGGGAGGAGCAACCCGACAAAUUCAACAGCAGGCUUCGUAACAAAGGUGUUUAUUUCAAAUCUGGAUUGAAAAACAUCGCGAAAAGCUCAAACUCAAAUCUGCAAGAUAAAAUCGAACUCGAGGUUGACGGAAAGACUGUGAAUAUACCCAGCAUCGAAGGACUUUUAAUUUUAAAUAUACCAAGCUGGGCUGGAGGAUCAGAUCCUUGGGGGAAAGACAAAGAUACUAAAUUCAAGCAGCCUUCAUUGAAUGAUGGUUUGGUUGAACUGAUGGGUUUCACUGGCGUUGUCCAUAUGGGGAGAAUUAAAAGUGGCCUGUCAUCUGCAAUCAAGAUUGCCCAAGGCAGUUAG